UUCUUCACUUGUUAAACAGACGAAAAGUCAAUUGUGCCCUGACUUCCCUUUUAAUAAGCCAGGCAAAGCAGAGUAAUGCAAACCUGAUUGCUAUGCUAAUGGAGGAGGGGACGAACACGAGUUAAAAAGUUAGCUACGCCAACACCUGGCACCACUGGCAAGUGAGGAGAACAUAAACCACAUCGUUAUAAAUGCCUGUGCUUUACAAUGUCAGGGACCUCUGAGCCAUAGCUAAAGGAAGACCGCAAAUAUUAAUGAAGUAAUGCAUCACUGUUCAUACGUCAUGAUAUGGACAUACCAUGAUAAAUACACGACCAUGGCUCUGAGAUCCAAGAGUACUACUCCAUCUAAUGCAAUUAAAAUUAUUCCUAUGAUUUAACAGUAAUAACACUUGUUUCCAGCAUAGAAUAUUUUCCUGUCACAUUUGUGUUCAUUUUAUGUGCUAAUUGUCUGAUAGACGGGUGACUUUGAGGCUGAUGAUAUGGCUUAAGUGGUAAAUGUUUGACUUGCAAGCAUGAGGAUCCCCAGAACUCCUGUGAAAAGCUGAGCAUGAUGGUGGCCCUUUCUCAGUGCUGGCAGGGUAGAGACAAACGGGUCCCCCAAAGUUCAUUAGGCAGCCAGCAUAGGCAAAUUGAUGGGCCUCAGGUUUGCUGAGAGACCUCAGAAAACAAACAAACAAUGGCUGGCUGGAGAAAGAUUGAUGGAGACCCACAUCUACUUCUGACUACUGUUUGAAUACCCAUGUGCACACCGACAUUAAUGUUAACAAGUGCACACGCAUGCACCUCUCCAAGAAGUUUAAAGGCUCCCUGCAGAGGCUUUUGAAGAGGUAACUUUGUCACGGAGUAGGACAAGGCUGACUUGUGGAGAGGCUAUAAAUGAUCCUCUUAACAAAGAUUGAUUUUUAAGAUUAGCUGAUCACAGUGAGCAGUGACUAGAACUGAAUUGACUUAUAAGUGGGCUUUCUUUUAGGCUGUAUGUUAAAACUUUGCUAACCUGACAACCACUAUUCAAUAGGCAGGGCUCGUGGAGCUGAGCAGUUGUAGAGACAGAUUUGCAGCCAGCACUAAGUAAUCGUCCACACUUGGGUAAUGAAGAACCAAGUACAUGAACGUGCUUUUGUUUUUGCAAUGCUCACACUCUAACGUGCUGUGUUUUUAAGGGGUCACCCUUUCUCUGCAGGCUUACGAUCCCCCUCUCCCUGAAGUCUAUCGCUCUCUGACUUUAUUUCUCUACUUCACCGUAGACAUUUUUCUAUUAAAACUGAUGACACUGUACUAUCCUUACUGAUCUACAUGCCAGCCCCACCAUAGCUAUGUUGUAAGUCCUCCGGGGCCCGUGUUGGGCUCUCUAUUCUUCGGUUUCCAGUGCUUGACUUACAGAAGUGGUUGCACAGGUAUCGCAGGGUGGUCGUUAGCACUGUCUUCUCUUACUCUUCCCUGUAGAUGGAAGUCCUUUGACUUAAAUGAUUUGUCUCUACAUCACUAAGGAGUGAGCACCCUUGUUAAAAGAAAUUAUUUUUGCUUUUGCUGGGGAUAUUUAAAAUGUUUAAAUCCCAGAGUAGGCACUAAGGCAGGGACGGACUGGACUAGAAAUGUAAUUGGUUGGUUCCUAGAGAGUCCCUUUUGUCCUGGAACACUUGUAGUGAUUUCUCAAUCAGGUGUCAUUACGUAGUAAAGCCAUUGGGCUGGGAGGAGGCCAGCAGACUCUAAUUUUGAAUGAUUUGUCUUGAUUUUAGCUCCCCAAUCACUUCAGUUCAGAUUGAAGUGCAGACUUUAUGAAAAAUAAAAACCAUAACAGCAGGAGGAACACUAAAAUUGGCUUCAAACAGAUUUGCAAAGUGCUACAACUCUAGUGACUUGCUCACCUUUACAGCUGUGAGUUAGUGUAAACCACAAUAGCAAGUUGUCAUUCCUUUGUUUCCUUCAUGUCUAAGAUGUGAAGACUGUAAGAAAAAUGUAUGCAGUGAUUCUCUUGAAAACGGUAGCCACAUAUGUCUAUAUAGAGAGCUGCAUCUCAGUUCUUCAGAGCACCUAUGACUCCGUUCAUGAGUCCUGUGCCACACAGUAAGGGCGAUUCACAAGAAUGAUGGUGGUGAUUUGAAGGAGACACGUUGGUAAAUUUUGUUUAAAAAGAGGAUACUGAUGGUCUCAUAGGCUGGGGAUGGUGUUAUGAUUCUGUGGCUACAGAAUGAAGAGGACUGGUCUCAGUCACAGAAACUAAGGUUCCCCAAACUUGAGUGCUGCCAUGAAGAUAGGAAGGGACCAUGUCUACAACGGUAAGUGUAUACCUCAUGACGCUUCUGUUACCAUACCAAUUAGUGUCUCUUGCUGCUUCUCCCUGUUAUUGCAAUUGCACAUGCAAAGCACUUAAAUCAAUUCAUAGAGAACGCAAAGGUAAGACCGGAGGAGGGAGGAGUGUUGCCAUGUUUUCAGGAUGUACACCAGGGCCUCGGCCCUAGGCAGGACACUGUCAGCAGGUUUGCGGUCCAGGCUUCCAUCACUUUUGUUUCUCAUCCAUUGACAUUCAGAUUACUAUGGAUUUUGGAAAAUAAAGAUAAACGCAGUGGAGGAAACUGUUCUGUGAGCAGAUGGUUUUUGAUAUAUCAAGGUUUUGCCAUUUGUUUGAGUGCUUAAAAUAAACAUUAUUUAUAAGACCACUUACAAUGUGGUGUUACUUAAUGAGGAGUGUGCAUCACUGAUCUGACGAGCGUAAGAGGUCAUUUAGAACUCUCCCGUUAACAAGCUGUAAUCUGCUGAGCACACAAUGACUUUGUUUAAAAUUAUCUGUUCAGAGCUGAUCAAUGACAAUAAUUGUUUUGUUCCAAUCACUUCUGAAAGUUCCUAAUUACUUUGAAGGGCAUGAAUACUGGCCAUUUUUUUAUUUUUUUAUUUUUUUAAAGUUGUCACCUAUUCACCUUGAGAUUAAGAAAAACAGUGUUGUAAAGUUUAUUGUGGCUCUUGGAGGUGUUUUUAAAACAUGCCUAUUCACUGGGACUUGAAUAUCAAUAGGAAAUGCAGAAGAAUGCUCUAUAUCAGUUGUGCUCACGAAGGAAGGGUAGCCACAUCCUGCCUGCAUGACCCGUCUGUACUAACCAGCAUCUUUGUGCUAGCCUCUGCGUGUAGAAAACAUGUCUUCAGAAUCGGAGGCACUCUUUCUCCUUAUAAGGUACACGUAAGACAGUCGUGCACAAAGUGCGCCACAGAGCAAGGCAGGCAUGGGGCUGCGUUCCACCUCCGCUGUUUGCUUUUGGAAUGGACAGAUGCUCUGGAGUGAGUUACCGCACCUCAGUGUCUUCCUGUUCAACAUGAGGCCAUGCCUUGUUCACACAGAGUGUGAGAACGGAAUCCAUUAGUGUUACACUUGAAAUCCAUGAAGCACAAUGAAUUUCAGCCCCUUCACUUCCCCAACAGCUGUUCUCUCUGCUCACCCAAGGCUCUGUUCCUUCCAGCUCCUAUACACACAUUACACAAACCCACUUCAGUUACUGUGCUGGGUAGUUUAAUGUCAGCUCGACACAAGCUACAGUCAUCAAAGAAAGGGGAUCUUAAUCAAGAAGAUGCCUCUCUGAGAUGAAGCUGCAGGCAGGCCUGUGGAAUGUUCUCUUAAUUAGUGAUUUAUGAGGGAAGACCCAGCCCAUUGUGGUACUGGGUUCUCUAAGAAAGCAGGUCAAACAAGCCAGGAAGAGCAAGCCACUAAGCAGCACCCUUCCAUGGCCUCUGCAUCAGUUCUUGUCUCCCCACAUUCCAGCCGUUUGAGUUCCUGCCCUGCUUCCUUCAAAGAUACAAUACAAUGUGCAAGCGUAAGCUGAAUCAACCCUUUCCUCCCCAGCUUGAUUUGAUGAUGGUGUUUCAUCCCAGCACCAGUAACCUGACUGUACUUCAGUGUGAAGGACUUUUCAUUUUUAUCUUAAUUAUCACUUACUACGUCCUUUAGAAUACAAUUGGGAGUAAAGGAUUUCACAAAUGUGCUAAGAAUAUCAGGAUUUCAGAAAGUUCCGUCUGUGUCUGUGUGGAUGAGGUUGCUACUGUUCCCAGUACGUGCUGGAACUGGAAAAGGAAGGAGCCCAGAUUCAGAGACGAUGGCGUGGCUUUAGGAUCCGGAAGUAUUGCUUUAAUUACUAUUACUUGAAAGAAUAUUUGAGAGCUGUUUCAGAGACCAAUGAUGCAAUUAGGGAGGCUUUGGAGGAGUUCGCAGAAAUGAAAGAGAGAGAAGAGAGAAAGAUUCUCCUGGAACUGGAGGAGAAGCAGAAAGAUUACCAAGCCCGCAAGACGCAUUACCUGCUCAGCACAAAGCAGAUUUCAGGUGUGUACAAUUCACCUUUCCGGGAGCAUCCUGACCCAUGGGAGGUGCGGCUGCAGAAGGCAAAGCCUUUGGAGCACCGGAAGGGCUCUGCUAUGAAGAGCAAGACGGCCCACAGUCUCAGCAGCUGGCUGGCAUGCACCAGUGCCCGCUCCUUCCCCCGGUCAGCAAGUCUGCCGCCUAUUGACAGGAAGCGGUGUCAGGGGCCCUUCCGAGACAUCAAUGAAGUCUUGGAACAGCGUUACAAGCCUUUGGAGCCUACCCUGAGGGUAUCGGAACCUAUCGACCACCUUCAUGUGGCCAGAGAGGCAUUCAAGCAAGAGGAACGGAUGCGCAACGUGCAAGACAAGAUGUUUUUGCCAUUUUCUUCCUACCAUAAAAAGGAGACGUACAUCCCAAUGAUACACACGUUGAGCACGUAUGAUUCUCCCUCUUAUGGACAGAAGUACUUUCGCUGUCAAGACCCGAAGAAGUGGAUCUCUGACAAGGAUUUUCAGACUGUUCUGCCAUCGUUUGAACUCUUCUCAAAGUAUGGAAAGUUGUACUCGAAAGCUGGACAAAUUGUAUAAAGAGAACAGAAGACAGAAUGUGGAAAUGAGGUGAGCAUGAAUGGAAGAUGCCACUGCCCAGAGCUCCAGACUCUAGCUCCACAGAGAGGAACAACCUUGACAUCAGUCCUUUAACCUCCGUGUGCUCCUGAGCUCCAGCUCUCUUCCUCUGUCCUUCCCUCCCCUCCUUCUCUCCCCCUCCUAACCUCAACUCACUCUUCUGCUCUCACUUUCUCAUCUGUCAGAAGAAAAAAAAUCAAAACCAUUUCGGGCUCAUUAUAAAACUUUAUAAAUGAAAGGAAAAUACAAAAGAAGCUUGUAUAAAAACUAUUCGUAUUUACCAGUGAGCCAGAUUCACUGUGAUUCAAUAAACUAUAACAUUUAUUUUACAGCUUA